GACGUUCAAAAUGUUGCUGACGCCAGACGAGAAACUAUUCGCUGACGACGUGGUGUUCGAAGGCUCAGGAGAUCGGCCAAUACCGUUUGAUCCAGGCAAAGCUUACGUCGGCACAUUGGAAGACGAAGAGACGGUGACCGUACGUGGCAUCGUGACGUCCGACGGACUAUUUGAUGGUACCAUCAGCACGGCCACCGAGGAAUAUUUCGUAGAACCUUCGUCACGGUAUGGGGAUGAGUCGACGUUACCGUACCACAGUGUCGCGUACCGGUUGUCGGACGUAUCCAACCCAAAGUCGGCCGGUGGCGGCUGCAGGUCGGAGGCACUGCGCGAACGCCGGUCGACCGACGACGGCCACGCCGACGCCGAGAGGCUGGUGAACCAGACGUACGACACGGAAGGUGUGAUUCUGGUGCGGUCGCCGAACGGAACCAUCGUGAACCGGAGCAGGCAGUCGGCCACCAGCAAGACGGCCGUGCCGAAGCCCAACUGGUAUGACCCAAACGACCAGCGCAAGAUACUGGUGGCCGUGGCUGGAGAUGAGGCCAGCAGCAACCUGGUGGUGGACGACAGCGGAGCUUACGAUCCGUUUGAAAACCGCAAGAAGGGGCUGGGUGGGUUCGUCGACAACCGGAAGACCACGUGCAUGCUGUACCUGCAGGCCGACCAUCUGUUCUACGAGAAGUACGGCAGGGAAGAGACGUGCAUCGAAGUCAUGACUAGACACGUGCAGAGGGURAAUGCCAUUUACAGGAACACUGACUUUAAUCAAGACGGCAAACCAGACAAUAUAAGCUUCAUGAUUAAGAGGGUGAAAGUGCACUCCAACCCAGACCCUACCUACAAGUUCCUGGGGAAUUAUGGAGUGGARAAGUUUUUAGAAAUAUUUUCGGAGGAAGAUUACGAUGCCUUUUGUUUGGCUUACAUGUUCACGUACAGAGAUUUUGAAAUGGGUACUUUGGGUUUAGCGUGGACUGGGGAUUUGAAGAACGCAGGCGGUGUAUGCGAAAAAAACGGACAUUACCGGGGUAGCUUAAAAAGUUUGAACACCGGUAUAGUGACUCUAUUGAAUUACGGAAAACACGUACCUUCCGCAGUGUCUCACGUUACACUGGCACACGAAAUUGGCCAUAACUUUGGUUCGCCGCACGACCCCGAGAUAUGUACGCCCGGCGGUGACGACGGUAACUAUAUUAUGUUCGCUCGAGCAACUUCGGGCGACAAGAAAAAUAAUAAUAGGUUUUCGCCGUGUAGCUUGUCCGCUAUAAAUCCUGUGCUAAACGUCAAAGCCAGGAGCACUAGAGGAUGUUUCACCGAACCACAAACAUCGAUUUGUGGUAACGGCGUCGUUGAACCUGGCGAAGAGUGCGAUUGCGGAUGGGAAGAGGACUGCAAAGAUGCGUGUUGUUUCCCUCAAAGGAGAUAUGCUCCGCCUGAAGAACCACCGUGUAGAUUGACGGCAAAGAGUGUCUGUAGUCCUUCACAGGGGCCAUGUUGCACAAACGAUUGCAAUUUGAAAAUAGGAGAUCUUUGUCGAAAUGACAAUGGUUGCCGCGAUGCUAGUUACUGCAACGGAAUGGUUCCUACCUGUCCUGCUUCUAUCAACAAGCCAAAUAAGACUGUAUGCAAUGAAGAGUUUGUGUGCUACAUGGGAGAAUGUACUGGAUCUAUAUGUCUUGCAUAUGGACUCGAAUCCUGCCAAUGUUUACCCACCCCUCAGGAUUCUCCCACUAAAGCGUGCGAGUUGUGUUGUAAACUACCCGGCGAAAAUCAACCUUGUUUGUCAUCAUAUUCUUGGAAUAAUGUGCCAUACGACAUACCAGAUAUGUAUUCUAAGCCAGGUACUCCGUGUAACGACUACAAUGGAUAUUGUGAUGUAUUUCAAAGAUGCAGAGAGGUUGAUCCAUCAGGACCUUUAGCAACGCUUCGAAAAUUGUUGUUGUCGGAAGAAAGUAUUGCCUCAUUUAAAAAAUGGGCUAUAGAUCACUGGUACUAUUCUGGUCUAAUAUUGGCCUCUUUCUUGUUAAUGCUGGUUCUAAGUACGCGAUUGUUUGGAAAACGAUCGGAUCCAAAAUUAAAAUCGGUGACGAUCAUUCACAGUUCGACCACAGAAACUGUCCGGUUGCCAGCUGACGGCGACARUCAAAACGUUACCGUACAUCCCGCUGCCGUUCGUUCAAAACUCCCAUUGAAAAAACGCGUACGUGAAAAACGUAACGUAAACAACAACAACAGUCCCGCGAAAAAGAGUCGCAAGAACGUCGCGGCCGAGGAAGAGUCGACGACGGAGACGUCUUCGCCCAAAAAAGCGGGGCCGGGAGCCCAAAAGAAAGAACGUAAAACGAGGCGGAAGAAAUCGAAAGGCGUCAUCGACUACAGCGUAGCCCAGAACAAGGUGCUCGUGGCGAACAAGAAAACGCCCGAAGACGACCCGCUGGGCAAGGUUCGAAAUUGGCUGUUGAACUCGCACCACAUCGAGGCCCUCGGUGGCACGCUGAGGAAGUCGAAAUCAUCGCCAGCCGGUUUCGCAAAUCCCCCCGAACCGCCCAGGCCGGUGGCCAAAGCUCAACCAAAAACCAAAGACAAUCAAGUUAGUUUGCAGGUAGUGUACAAGCCCCCGUUCAAGUUUAGCGUCAAGCUCAGCAAGUCCAAACCGGACCUGACGAAAGACAAACGCCCAGACCGGAGCAAGCAGCGCGCGGCCCUGUUGAUCCGGGCCAACCGGGCGCGUGGUGGCGCCGCCGCCGGUGGUGCUGUCAAACAACAAGCGAAAAAGCAGCAGGCCAACAAUAACGGAAGCAGCAGCCGGGCCGCCCAGCCGGAGCCGAUGAACGUGWCGGCUGCGGCCACCGCCGGCAGACUGCAGCCGCCGGAGCCCAUCUACGAGAACGCGGCCAUCGACUUGCUGCGCAUGUCGUCCACGGAGCACGACGGCCACCAGCCUAUAUUCCCGGUGGCCGCGUCUCCGCCGAACAAACAGAGGAAGUCGUUCGCGGGCGUGGACGCGAAAACGGACGAGGUGCCCAGGAGCAAGCAGAACAGCGUACCGCAACAGUCGCUACAGCAACCGAGCACGUCGGGCAACAGCAAUCUAAUGCGAUUCCCGUCCACCGAGAACAAGGAUCAGGCCAACAACAACAGCUGUCUGACGCCAGCCAAUAACGCGACUAGUAAAUCCGACGAAAACCGAAAAGACGAAAAAACGUGAUAUGCGCGCAACGAGGUAAUUUUUAUUUUUUGAAAUUAUUCUAAUACUGAUGUUACGAUAAUAUUCCUCUUCCGUCAUCGUUACGACAGUAAUCGUUUGUCUCUACGUUAGUCUCAUAUUAUAUGCUUACCGCGACGACGCAAGUGAUCUCAGUCCCGAAGCUAUCCCUUCAUCGCCCACCCACACCCGUCCACUUCCGUUAAAAAUUUGUCGUCCGUGAAAAUAAUAUUYUCGUCCRCCGCAUGUCCCGGUCGCCAACCAGUCGUGAACAUAAUAAUGUAACCUAUUCAAAUAUCCACCGUGUCAGUCAUCUUUACGACGUAGAAUCAUAAUUUCUUAACGUUUUGACGUACCGUCCGAUCGACACUAUACUCUGUAAUGAUUGAUGUUAAUAAACGUUACGAAAAUAAUAUGAAAAACUAACUCGUGAAAAUCGACAUUGCGAACGACAAUAUUUCGAAGGUCUUUUUAUCGAGCUUAUUACUCUCUUUUUUUACGUGUUUUCCCAUUCCGUUUAUGUAUUAUAUUAUAUUAGGUAAAGCCCGCGAGAUUUUGAAACAUAAUAAUAUAUUAUAAAAACACCAAAACGCAUCCAUCACAAAUAUUAUUAUGCAACACACUGUUUGUUGUAGGUAAUAAACGAAAUUAUAGUCAUUUUUAUUAUUAAACGAGUUUCCCUCCUCACCUCCUCAUCRUCAUUCGUUUUMWUUUCGUUUCCACGCGAACAACAACAGUUCGUUUCGGGCUGCAGUGCACAGGGUUUGAAAAAUCUACAGACCUUUUUAUUUCUACAUAUUAUUAUUAUUAUUAUA